CAGGAACUGCAGAUGCCCAACAGCAGCUCCAUCAGCCAGUUCCUCCUCCUGGCGUUGGCAGACACGCGGCAGCUGCAGCUCCUGCACUUCUGGCUCUUGCUGGGCAUCUACCUGGCUGCCCUCCUGGGCAACGGCCUCAUCAGCACAGCCGUAGCCUGCCACCACCGCCUGCACACCCCCAUGUACUUCUUCCUCCUCAACCUCGCCCUCCUCGACCUGGGCUGCAUCUCCACCACUCUCCCCAAAGCCAUGGCCAAUGCCCUCUGGGACACCAGGCACAUCUCCUAUGCAGGAUGUGUUGCCCAGACCUUUCUGUUUGUCUUUCUCAUGUCAGCAGAAUAUUCUGUCCUCACCAUCAUGUCCUAUGACCGCUACGUUGCCAUCUGCAAGCCCCUGCACUACGGGACCUUGAUGGACAGCAGAGCUUGUGCCACCAUGGCAGCAGCUGCCUGGGCCAGUGGAGUUCUGAAUGCUCUGUUGCACACUGCCAAUACAUUUUCACUGCCUUUCUGUCAAGGCAAUGCUGUGGAUCAGUUCUUCUGUGAAAUCCCUCAGAUCCUCAAGCUCUCCUGCUCAAAUUCCUACUUCAGGGAAGUUGGGCUUAUUUUCUGUAGUGUCCUUGUCUUAUCCGGAUGUUUUUUAUUCAUUGUUGUGUCCUAUGUGCAGAUCUUCAGGGCCGUGCUGAGGAUGCCCUCUGAGCAGGGGCGCCACAAAGCCUUCUCCACGUGCCUCCCUCACCUGGCUGUGGUCUCCCUGUUUGUCACCACUGGCUUUUUUGCCAAUCUAAGGCCCCCCUCCAUAUCAUCUCCAUCCCUGGACCUGGUGGUGUCAUUUCUGUACUCAGUGGUGCCUCCAACAUUUAACCCCCUCAUCUACAGCAUGAGGAACCAGGAGCUUAGGGAUGCAGUGAGGAAAAUGAUGUCAUGGCCACAUUUCAGCAGGCAUAAGCUUUUAUUCUGUCUCUACAUAUGA